ACAAAGAUCAUUUGUGAUUUAUGCGAACAAUCAUAUAAAUCAAAGACUUCAGUUUCAAAUCUUAAACGUCAUUUCUUAAAGUAUCAUAAAAAUGAAUAUCAAUCAAUUUUACAACAAUAUUUUGAAAGAACUCAAAGAAUUAAAUGCUCUCUUUCUCAAAAUAAAGAAUUGACUAACUUACGUAAUGUUCAAGUUACAGAAGAUGAUGAAUAUUUAACAGAAGAAGAAAGAGAAGAGGUUGUUGUUUCUGGCGAAGUUCUAAACAAAAUGAAG